UAACAAACUAGAAACUAUUUACAACACGAGAUUAGGCCCCAAACUGGCCUUAUAUAUCAAGUCAGCAGCUGAAUGCGCUGACAGUCGUGAAACGCAAGGUAAACAGUUAACAGCUAAAAUGGCUCGAACGCUCGUUGUAAUUCUCUUUUUCGUUCUGGCAAUAACUGCCAUUUCAGCAAUACAAAGUGAACCUUCAGAUGAAGUGCUCCAGUUGGCCUACAAUCCAACCUACGAUCUGUGGUUCUUUUUGCCAAGUGGCAGACCCGGUAAACUCAGUGCAGAAAUUAAAGAUGCCUACAAUCAAAGACGACCAGGAGGCGUGUGCUUUAAACAAGUAGAUGACUGGUUCUAUUGUGCAACGGGAGAAAAAAUACAGUAGUACUCACUAAUUAGUUACAAUUACAAUUUCAUUGCUGAGCAUCUGAAAUUACCUGCAAAGAGAGAGAGAAUAUAUUAAUUAAAUUAAAUUGAAAAUAUAAUCGUCAAUAUUAA